CUGUUUUAUUUGAUGAUUCAAAGUUUUCCUUCUUUGUCUUGAGUUUGAAGUUUGAGUAGACUUUGGUUUUGAUUCAAAACAGUUGAUUGAUUAAAUCUUCAUUGUCUUAAUCUGUUCCAAGUUUCUUGUGUGUUUGAUUAAAUCUUCAUUGUCUUUAUAUGUUCCAAGUUGAUUGAUUAAAUCAGUUCAUUGUCUUAAUCUGUUCCAAGUAUCUUGUGUUUUGAUUAAAUCUUCAUUGUCUUUAUUUGAUCCAAGUUUCUUGUAUUAAUUUUUGAAGUGAGAAGUGUCUUGUGUUUUGAUUUAAAACACAGUUGGAACUGCGUGGGAGACAGUAAAUGAGAAGACACAUAAAGAAGACAAAGGUCUUGCAGGGAGCAGCAAGAUACAGAGGUCACACAUAGACGUCAAACCAUCUAUCUUUAAGUUCAGAGGACUUGGCGUGGGAGACAGAUACAAACAGUGGCUUAUGAAACAAACAACAAAAGAAAAAAAAAGAAGACAGUGGCAUGUAACAGAAACAAACACCAAAUAAAAAAGAAAGCUUGCAGUGGCAUGUUACACAAAGAAACACCAAAAGAAAAAGAAGGAGGCAGAGCAUGUGACGCCCAAGUGCCAUACGUUUCCUCUUCUUCCUUUAUAAACCAUAGAUUCAUGUUUUGUAAAUCAUAUUGUCCUACUUUGUUUCUCUUUACAAAGAGUAGAUUCAUGCUUUGUAACUUCUCAAAACAUCAUUCUCAAACGUAUUCUCACGUAUUCAUGUUUUCUCACGUAUUCAUGCUUUCUCACGUUUAACGCUUUUUCAAACGUUUGUAACUUAUCAAACGUAUUUCUCACGUAUUCAUGCUUUGUAACUUCUCAAAACAUCAUUCUCAAACAACUUCUCUCUUAUCAAUUUCUCUCUUACCAUUUCUCUCUAAUCAUUUCUCUCUUACCAUUUAUCUUUUAUAAUUUCUCUUCAAAAUGGCUUCUUCUUCUUCUCAUGAUCUUGAUGACAUGAUGGAUGAAGCAUUUGAUCAAUUUUUCGAGCAACAGUUCGAAAAACUUUCCAUCCACUACCAAGAACGUCAAAAUGCAUCAAAGUCCAAAAAAAAGAGAGCCUACAUUGAAAGACAACGAGAACAAGGAGACAUGCAGUUAUGGAACGAUUAUUUUAGUGAAGAUACAACGUAUCCUUCUCACAUGUUCCGACGCCGUUUUGGAAUGAACAAGCCCUUGUUCAUGCGUAUUGUUGAUCGACUCUCCGCUGAAAUCCCAUACUUUCAACAAAGAAGAGAUGCUACUGGAAGGUUCGACCACUCUCCAUUACAAAAGGCAACGGCAUCAAUUCGUAUGAUGGCAUAUGGUUGCCCAGCUGAUGCGGUCGACGAAUACCUCCGACUUGGUGAGACCACGGCGCUUUUAUGCUUGGAACAUUUUGUUCAAGGAAUCAUAAAUUUAUUUGGAGAAGAGUAUCUAAGAAGACCCACGCCAGAAGAUCUUCAACGACUACUCGAUAUUGGCGAGAUACGCAUAUUUCCCGAGAUGGUAGAAAGCAUCGAUUGUAUGCAUUGGGAGUGGAAGAAUUGUCCGACCGCAUGGAAAGGUCAAUAUACACGUGGAUCAGGAAAGCCAACAAUUGUUUUAGAGGCUGUAGCUUCAGCAGAUCUCUGGAUAUGGCACGCGUUUUUCGGACCUCCAGGUACAUUAAACGAUAUCAAUGUUCUUGAUCAAUCACCAGUUUUUGACGAUAUAUUACAAGGUCGAGCUCCAAAGGUUAAUUACAUUGUCAACGGACACGAGUACCAUUUGGCUUACUAUCUCACAGAUGGUAUUUAUCCAAAAUGGGCUACUUUUGUCCAAUCUAUUCCACUUCCGCAAGGGCCGAAAGCAUCCUUAUUCGCUACACAACAAGAAGCUGUACGUAAAGAUGUCGAGCGUGCUUUUGUGGUCUUGCAAGCUCGAUUUGCCAUAAUCAAAAAUUCAGCUCUUUUGUGGGAUAAAAUAAAAAUUGGAAAGAUAAUGAGAGCAUGUAUCAUUCUGCAUAAUAUGAUAGUAGAAGACGAACGAGAUGGGUACACUCAGUUCGAUGUAUAAGCCUUCGCACAACCGGAAUCAAACCGAAGUUCACAAGUGGAUUUCGCGUUUUCAACAGAUAUGCCUUCAAAUCUCAGGAAUGUGAUGAAUAUGAUGAGCAUUCGGAAUCAAAUACGUGAUAACAAAAUACAUCAACAAUUGAAAGCUGAUUUGGUUGAGAAUAUCUGGCAAAAAUUUGGAAUAAAUCAAGAUUACAACUAAUCGGCUUUAUCU